AGCCUCUCGCGCCGUUCCUCCUCUGACUCAGUGGGGACGAGGCGGAAGAGAGGCUCAUCUCCGCGCCGCCGUGUUGUGCUUCUGUCCGCCCGUCUGGUCUGCUGCAGGUCGGCUGUGUUUACACCCGAGCCCCCGAGCUCCAAACAACGCAGGACGGACUGAACAUCCGGGGUAGGGGGGGCAUGGAGUCUCACGGCAGAGACGACCUCAAGGGGCCGGUGCUGCACAUCGUCGUGGUUGGAUUCCACCACAAGAAGGGCUGCCAGGUCGAGUUCUCGUACCCGCCGUUGAUGCCAGCCGAGGGCCACGACAGUAACCUGCUGCCGGAGGAGUGGAGGUACCUGCCGUUCCUGGCUCUUCCUGACGGAGCGCACAACUACCAGGAAGACACUGUGUAUUUUCACCUUCCGCCCCUCAAUGAAGACAUGAAGUGUGUUUACGGAGUGUCCUGUUAUCGCCAAAUAGAAGCAAAGGCCCUGAAGGUCCGACUGGCUGACGUCACCAGGGAGACGGUUCAGAAGAGCGUCUGCGUCCUCAGUCGAGUGCCGCUCUACGGUCUGCUCCAAGCUAAACUCCAGCUCAUCACACACGCCUACUUCGAGGAGAAAGACUUCUCCCAGAUCUCGAUUUUAAAGGAACUGUACGAACACAUGAAUGCCUCUGGGGGCUCGGCUCUGGAGGGAUCGCAGGUUUAUCUAGGUUUAUCACCCAGAGAUUUAAUACUGCACUUUCGACACAAGAUUCUCAUCCUCUUCAAGCUCAUUCUGCUGGAGAAGAAGGUCCUGUUCUACGUGUCUCCUGUCAACAGACUAGUAGGAGCUCUGAUGACAGUUUUAUCGCUGUUUCCAGGUAUGAUCGAGCACGGCCUGGUGGACUCGUCCCACUACCGGCCAAAGAGCAGCCUGACCGAGGACCUGAGUCUGGCGGAGAGCGUCUCCGGAGCCGAGGAGUUCGUCUCCGUGUCCGUCAGCGACAUCGCCAACACCAAGCUGGAGACGGAGGCGGGGGAGACCGCCCAGCCGGCCGCGGGGUCUCCGUCCUCCGGGAACAGCAACGAGAGGGACAACCACCUCCUCAAACCCCCGUCACGCACCUCUCCAGAGUCCUCGGAGAGCGACUGGGAGACUCUGGACCCCAGCGUGUUGGAAGACAGUCCCAAAGAGGCGGCCGAGGGGAAAGAGACGGAGCCCCUGGACGCGUUCGACUCCAAGCCGGGGACGCCCAUCACCGUGCAGCCGCUGUCAGGCAGCGGGCAGGGGGGGGUGGUCCAGGGCCUGGUGUCUGGUCUGGAGGAGGAUCAGUACGGCCUGCCGCUCCCCAUCUUCACUAAGGGUUACCUGUGUCUGCCCUACAUGGCCCUGCAGCAGCAUCACCUCCUAUCAGACGUGGCGGUGCGCGGCUUCGUUGCCGGGGCGACCAACAUCCUCUUCCGCCAGCAGAGGCACCUCAGUGAUGCCAUCGUUGAGGUGGAAGAAGCUGGGGUCCACAUCCAGGACCCCGAGCUCCGGAAGAUCCUGAGCCUGACGACGGCGGACCUACGCUUCGCCGACUACCUGGUCAAACACGUGACGGAGAACCGCGACGACGUGUUCCUGGACGGCACGGGCUGGGAGGGCGGAGACGAGUGGAUCCGAGCCCAGUUCACCCUCUACCUCCACUCCCUACUGUCCUCCACCUUACAGCAAGAUAACGAGCGGCUGCUGGCGGAUUACGGCGCUCCGUUCGUCGCGGCCUGGAAGAUCACCCACAACUACCGCGUGUGGCACAGCAACAAGCACCCCGCCAUGGCCGCCAUCACCCCGGGACACCCGUUCCAGGGCCAGUACAGUGUUGCUGAUGUGAAACUACGACUCUCACACUCGGUGCAGAACAGCGAGAGAGGGAAGAAGAUCGGAAACGCCAUGAUGACCACCAGUCGCAGUGUGGUCCAGACGGGGAAGGCAGUGGGUCAGUCCGUGGGCGGAGCGUUGACCAGCGCCAAGUCGGCCAUGUCCUCCUGGUUCUCCACCCUGGCCCAGCCUGCAGCCGUGACCCCCCCGGCGUAUCCGGAGCCCGCCACAGAGGUCCACCCCUGAAACCAAACCCCCCCCCCCCGGUCCUCCGUCUCCGACUCUGUCCUCGUCCUUCUGAUCUUCUGGCUACGGAGAAGCUUUGAGGGCCAGUGGACCGAGAGCUGCUUUUAUGAAUGAGAAAUGGGUUUUAAGUCUGGACCAUGAAGCCUGACGUCCUGGUGCGUGGCGGCGCUACUCCGGACAGGAAGGCAAGCGCUGCGGUUAUACUAACUGUACAGUCCAUGUCCACUGUGAGGCAGAGGCGGCCAGGGCUUUGAACCCAUCGCGUCCGGCCCUCUGUUUUUAUUGCUGGAUGCUUUUUCUGUGAGACACUAAAGAUGCUGUCAUAGGGGUUUUGCGGUGUUCACUCUUUUGCUGCAUAUUUCUAGAGUUUGUCUAUAUAACUGACUAUUUUGCUCACAGAGAAAUUAUGUUAAAACGUCACUGUUACAGGAUUUGACCGACAGCAUGAGCUGUGGCACCUUGAAGAUUUUUAACGGUUUAGAUUUUAAACUCAGCCUGGCUCAUGUUCAACGAUGUCUCUGUAAACGUAGUGCGAGGCAAAGUCCCCCCCCCACUUCCGUUGUCCCUCACGGGACCUUAUUUUGGAAGAAAUACAUACAGUAGUCGACGGCGAGGGUCAAAUAAUUUGACCACACAAAUUAAUUUUCAUUUCCACGCUUGAAACCAGCAGCCAAAUGUUCCUUUAGGGGCUCCGUAGAAUUGUGCCAUGAAUUACACAUACAAUAUUUGUCAAUUUAAAAGCUACUUUUGUAAGCCAAGAAAGGUAAAGUUUGUUGUAGUACCAAUUCGUUUUGUGUGAAACCGCUUCGUUGUCUUCAUCUCUCGUCCCGCUUGCUCAAUAUACGUCACCUUGCUAGCUAGCUAGCUAGCAUCAUUGAACAUGCCAGCUAACUAGCUAGUUAGGUACCUUAGCUAUGUUCCACAUACAAAAAUUACUUUCUUACUUUAUGUGUUUUAUUCAGCAAUUUUUAUCCAACAAGCAAGAUCCGUUGCUAGUGUAGCGUUACAUCCCAGUAUGAAACACACAGGCAUCGUAGCCUCAGUGUGACGUCACCUAAUCUUUCAAAGUUUUACAACAAACAGACUUUCUUGACUUGCAAAGUUGUCUUUUGAAUUGACAAACAUAUGUUUAAUUCAUGGCACAAUUCAAACAGGAUCAAAACAUUGUUUCUUUCUUGUCGUUUACUACUGUACGUAUUCUUUUCUGAAAUACGGUCCCAUGUCGGUCCACCGGAAAGGGAGUGACUUUGCAUCUCUAUUGUGGUUGUUGUGGUAACAGCCUGCGUUCCUGUGUAAAGACACACACGUAGACGGACUAGCUAAAGAACUAACAGCUAACAAUUAUUUAUAUUAUUGAUCAAUUUGUUGAUAACAUUUAUGAUUAUUAGGUUGCAAAUGUCAGAAAAUAGUGAAAAUGUCCACAACCGAACCAAAGUGACAUCUCUAGUGCCAAAAAUAUGACAAUAUAUAUAUAUAUAUAUAUAUAAAAAAAUAUUUUUAGCUAGCUAAUUAAUUUAAAUUAAGUGUAAGAUAUAAAGCUUCGUACCUUUCCUUUUAACCUCCAAACAGUUGGCUAAAACUAAAAACUAAUAGUGGCUAAAGCAUUUUAGCUAGCAAAAAACAAUAACAAACAUAGCUAGCUAAUGCUACUUUUAAGUAUUUUUGUUACGUCUGUUCGACAUAGGGAGCAUUAAAUCAUACACAUUUAUAAAAUGGCCAUGACUUGAAAAUAACAUAAAGUUAUAAAGAUAUAAGCAUGGUGCCCGUAAACGUCCAAAUAGUGUUAGCUAGCUAACUUUGUUAGCAUUGGCUUGCUGGCUAACAUGCUUUAGCUAGUGUUUCAAGCGUGAUACUUGUAACUUAUGGUGUACAGGAUAUGGUGUGAAGAAGAUCUUUGUUACCAUUCACCGCACUGGCUGAUGUAGUUUCAUCACAAACGUUAGCUUUAGCAAGGUAGCUAGCUUAAAAGGCUGGCGCUCAGUGUGUUUAGCUAGCCCUGUUUUCAGCUAAGCUAGCUAGCUAGCCACACGGCGUAAUGAAACGUGGAAAGGGAAAAAAGAUAAUUGAUUAAAUAUGUGCCAAAA